GUACAGGUCCCUCUAGAUCCAGGGCCACUUGGCAAUGUCUGAGACAUUUUUGGUUGUAACAGCUAGGGUGAAGAGCACUGCCAGCAUCUAGUGGGUGGAGCCAGGAAUGCUGCCAUCCAUCCUGUGAUGCACAGGUCAGCUGCCCACAACAAGGAACCCUGCAACUCCAACAUCCGUAGUACUGAGGUUGAGGGACCCUGCUCUUCAUUCAUCUUAGAGUUUCCCAAAAAGCCCAACACCACAGUGAUACGGUUGCCACCAGUGGGGAGCUUCAGUGUAAUCUCAGCAACUUUUAAAAUCAAGCCGGACGGUCAGGUCAGAGAAGUGUUUGGAAAGCCUCCAGUGGGUUUGGGGGCCACGCCCUCUCAUCAUGCCAAGGCAGCUGCCCAGUGAGGCGCAGGGUAUAAAGGUGACGUGGUCAGGAGUGGCUAUUUGAUCUCCAGUUAUUCCAGAAUUUCCACUCUUGUGCCAAGCAUGUCUCUCCAAAUGGCUGCUCUUUGGUGUUCCUUACGCUCCCCGUGAAGUUCAGCUAAGAUCUUCAUUUUUCAAAGGCGGAGGCCCGGCUCGCCGCAAAACGCGCAGCACGUGCGGAGGCUCGAGAGAUCCGCAUGAAGGAGCUGGAGCGGCAGCAGAAGGAGAUCUAUCAGGUCCAAAAGAAAUAUUAUGGGCUGGAUACAAAAUGGGGUGACAUCGAACAGUGGAUGGAAGACAGUGAGCGCUACUCUCGUAGAUCCAGAAGAAGCACCUCGGCUUCUGAUGAAGACGAGCGCAUGUCAGUGGGUAGUCGUGGAAGCCUGAGGUCGCAGCCUGACUUGGAGUAUGGGGGUCCCUACGCCUGGACAAAUGGUUAUGAUGGAGAGUUCUAUGGAUCACAGUCCCUGAAUAGAAGAUCUGGCAGGAAUUCCAGCUACAGCGGUGACAGCAGAUUCUCCACAUUGUCGUCAUCCAGGGAGGGGAAGCUGGGACUCUCCAGCUCCAACCUUGGCCUUCCCGGUGGUGGCCCGGCUCACACGCCCCUGUCUGCCACAAAUGGAAACUGGCCCUCCUGUCUGUACAGAGCUGCCCGGCCUUCUGGGAGUCACUGGGCGUCUGUGUUGGAUGAAGGCAGCCUCGGUGGGGCUCGACGGGGCAGCGCCUGCGGCUCCCGUGCUCCCUCGGAGUACAGCGGCCACCUCAACUCCAGCUCCCGCGCCUCCUCCAGGGCCAGCUCGGCCCGGGCCAGCCCUGUGGUAGAAGAGAGACCAGAAAAAGAUUUUACUGAGAAGGGGUCUCGUAACAUGCCAGGCCUGUCUGCAGCCACGCUGGCCUCUCUGGGUGGGACUUCCUCUCGGAGAGGCAGCGGAGACACCUCCAUCUCCAUCGACACCGAGGCAUCCAUCAGGGAAAUCAAGGAACUCAAUGAGUUAAAGGACCAGAUUCAGGAUGUAGAAGGCAAAUACAUGCAGGGAUUGAAAGAAAUGAAGGACUCUCUAGCAGAAGUUGAAGAGAAAUAUAAGAAGGCCAUGGUUUCCAACGCUCAGCUAGACAAUGAAAAGACAAACUUCAUGUACCAGGUCGAUACCCUAAAAGAUAUGUUGCUGGAGCUUGAAGAACAGCUGGCUGAAUCUAGGCGGCAGUACGAAGAGAAAAGCAAAGACUUUGAAAGGGAAAAACACGCCCAUAGUAUACUGCAGUUUCAGUUUGCCGAAGUCAAGGAGGCCCUGAAGCAAAGAGAGGAAAUGCUUGAGGAAAUCCGACAGCUACAGCAGAAACAGGCGAGUUCUAUCAGGGAGAUUUCUGAUCUUCAGGAAACAAUAGAGUGGAAAGACAAAAAGUUAGGGGCAUUAGAGAGGCAGAAAGAGUUCUUUGAUUCCAUAAGGAGUGAACGGGAUGAUCUUAGAGAAGAAGUAGUCAUGCUCAAAGAGGAAUUAAAGAAACAUGGAAUAAUCCUAAAUUCAGAAAUAGCUACCAAUGGAGAGACUUCCGACACUCUUAAUAAUGUUGGAUACCAAGGUCCCACCAGGUUGACAAAAGAAGAGUUAAAUGCCCUCAAGUUGACAGGGGAUGGGACUCUAGGCAGAGCCAGUGAAGUGGAGGUGAAAAAUGAAAUCGUGGCGAAUGUGGGGAAAAGAGAAAUCUUGCACAGUACUGAGAAAGAACAACACACAGAGGACACAGUGAAGGACUGUGUGGACAUAGAGGUAUUCCAUGCUGCUGAGAAUACCAAGGACCAGAAAUCCUCUGAAGACACUGCCCCAUUCCUAGGAAGCUUAGCAGGUGCUACCUAUGAGAAACAGGUUCAAAGCCAAAUUCUAGGGAGCACAUCUCUCCCUGAAAACACAGCACAGGCUGAGUCAAAUGAGGUCAUGAGUGCACCAGAUGACAGAACCAGAACUCCCCUUGAGCCACCCAACUGUUGGAGUGACUUAGCUGCUGGCAGUCAUGCAGAGAAUGUGGGAGAGGCAGCGGUAACUCAGGUUGGAGAGCAGGCAGGCACAGUGGCCUCAUGUCCUUCAGGGCGUAGUGAUGACACCGUUUAUCAUGAUGAAAAAUGUGUGGUAGAGGUCCCCCAAGAGUUAGAGGCAAGCACAGGGAAUAGUCUAGAGAAAGAACUCACCAACCAGGAAGCAGCUGAGCCCACGGAGGUCCCAAUUCAGAGCACAGAAGAAGAGGGUGAAGGGACAGGAUUAAGGGAUGAGAAACCAACCAAGACAGAGGUUCCUGGUUCUCUAGCAGGAACCAAGAGCAAUGGUCAGGAAGCAACAGGCCCAAGUACAGUAGAUAUUCAAAGUGAACCCUUAGAUAUGAAAGACCCUGGUGAAGAAAAGAAUGACCAACAGGGAGAGGCAUUGGACUCACCGCAGAAGAAGACAAAGAGCAAGAAAAAGAAAAACAAGAAGAAAAAAUCCCCAGUACCCGUAGAAACCCUUAAAGAUGCUAAAAAAGAGUUAACUUACCAGAACACAGAUUUAAGUGAAAUGAAGGAAGAAGAGCAGGUAAAAUCUUCUGACAGAAAGUCAGUAGUGGAAGCCCAAAACGAGGUGACCGAAAAUCCAAAACAGAAAAUUGUAGCAGAAAGCAGUGAAAAUGUUGAUUGUCUGGAGAAUCCUGAAAUGAAGUUGGAUGGGAAACUUGACCAAGAAGGUGAUGAUGUAAAAACAGCAGCCGGGGAGGUACCAGCUGAUGGAGACACGUUAGAUUUUGAGGAUGGCACAGUCCAAUCAUCAGGCACGAGGGCUAGUGGUGAAGAAUUAGAUGAAGGUGUUGCAAAAGGUAAUGCUGAAAUAGAUGGUGCCACUCAGAGCAGCCUUGUAGAACCAGAAAGCAAAGACGCAGAUCGCUGCACCGGGCCCGAAAAUGAAAGUCCCUCACAGGACAUUAGGGAGGCCUGUGAAGCAGAAAGUACAGAGAGGUAUGUGAGGCCAGAACAUCCAAGUCAGACCGUCAGGAAAGCUUUAGACAGCAAUAGUCUAGACAACGAUGACUUGUCGGCACCAGGAGGAGAGCUGGGGGACUUCAACCCAGAAAGCAGAGAAGAUACCACAGGAGGAAACGAGAAGGGCAAAAGCAAAGAAGACUGUACCAUGUCCUGAGCUGAGGCAGGUGGCAGGCGUGGUGCACAGGAAGUCUGAUUGUGAGGGGCUCUUUUAUCUCCACGGGCAAUGUAAGUAGAAUGUUCUAAAUUCAUAGAGAUGCACUGUAUGACAAUCACCAGGUGAUUUACAGACUGUUACUUGUAGAUUUCCAUGUAAUCAUUGAGGUUAUCACCAUAUUAGAAAGAUACAUCUGUUAUCUGUGUGCAUUCUAAUUGAGAGCAUUCCAGUAGUAUUAAGUAAUAAUGUCUACUGUUUAUAGUCCAGAUAAUAAAAAUAGAGGCAUUUCACAUUUGCCUUAAGCUCUGAUAGGGAUGUGGAUAUUCUUGACCAAGUAUAUCAGCAUCUAAUUGAAAUGACCAAAUAGCAUUCUUAGACUUCUGUAUUAUGAAUAUAAUCGAUAUUUAAAUUAAUGUCUUAUUCACAUAUGUGUACUUUCAUAUUUGAUUUUAAAAUGUGCAUGACAACCUGUAUGGUAUUUUAUUUAAAGGAGAUAAACAGCCAAAUAGCAAAUAGGUCACUGAAUAAUAAGACUUGCACCUUAGAGCAAUAAUAAUUUUAAGGAUAACAAGUAAAUGUCUGAAAGCACUAGGGGGUUAUUUGCCUUUACCGCAUAUAAGUCUUUCAUCUUGAACCGAUGCUUUUGGAUCUCAUUAUUGAUGCUACCUGAAUUUACCUUGUAGGAGAUUUUACCUUCACUUUAUGCUGAUGACAUAUCAAAUUCAUUUUCAUGAAGAUUUCUUUUUAAGAUUUUUCCGGAAGUGAAAUAUGUCAAAAUUACAUUUCCUAUCCCCGUAUUUGAGCAGGGACAGUCAUUUUUAAAAUGUUUUCAGCUGGGCAUGGUGGCUCAUGCCUGUAAUCCCAGCACUUUGGGAGGCCGAGGCAGGUGGAUCGCCUGAGGUCAGGAGUUCGAGACCAGCCUGGGCAAUGUGGUGAAACCCUGUCUCUACUAAAAA